CACUUUCUUGCGCUCCAACUUCCUGCAUUGCAUCAACUACCUCUCAAGGUCACUCCACCGGCUCUCUCGACAGCUGCCAUUGUACCACCCCAAGGUGAAUUGCCCUGCUUCUGCCAUUGCUAACAUUUCCGCGACCCCCGCGCCGUUGCCCGACUUAGGUUGCCUGCUAAUCUUGUCGUCCAGCUUCCGGCAUUGGACCUCCGUGCGUGGCCUUCAUCGCAGAACUGCAGCAUCAACACCGAAAACUGCUGCACAUCCCCAUCCCCAUCCCUAUCCAAGGCGAGGUAAGGACUUCAUCAUACACCCACACCCAUCGCAGCUCUAGUCCCCGUCCACGUUCAUCCCUCCGGCGAGUCCACCAACGCACCGCGCAUCGCAUGUGCUCUGCGCAGCGAUGCACAGCAUUUGGCAUGGCUGCAAGAUGGCGUGGGAUGGUCAGCAAGGCCGGCCUCCCUCUCCAGCUGGUGGCCAGAGGCAGAGGGAGCUCUCCACGGUGGAGGAGGAGCUGCAGCCAUAGAGAGGCAGAAUGGGGCAGAAAGGCAUGGCAAGGCAUAGCAUGGCAUGGGCAGACGAGAGGUCGCAGCAGUACUGUAACAUUCAGGUACCUGUACCUGUACCUACCUGACGACCUCAAUUGCGCCAGCUCCAGCUCCAGCUCCAGUGCCUUCGGCUUUGCCUCCAGGUCGCGGUGCCAUGCCAUCCCCCCCCCAAAAACUGUCAGACACGGCAUCCUCCCCAGUCCUGGCCAGCGUGCGCGGUGAUUGGAGAUGCUCGCCUCACCCACAAACUUUCGCCAGCGUCCCACUAAUUCGUGGUGCCUACAGAUUUCCCAUUCACAAUCCUGGUGCACAGCGCGAAUUCAGAACGUCCGGCAGCUCAGCAUAUUGUUGUUCCAUCACCAGAGUAUCCCAAGUACCUAUCAAACAUGGGUAUGUUGUGCCUUCCCAACACCUGCAUUCACUGGCUGUUACGGGCCUGGGACUGGUGACUCGCUUUACAGUCCUCAACUAUUAGUCCAAGCGAGCGUCGCCAGUCGCCAGUCAGUCCAGCUGCUGCUCUUGCUCUUCUCUUCUCCACCCCCUCCCCACUCUGUCUUCAACUCUGUUCUUGGACACGCUUGAAUACUGCUAACACUUGCUCUCCGAUCCAUAGCAGACGAUAGCUACCGACCAAGUGUAAGUUGACUGUUUCCUCAUCUGUAUAUUCAAGGUCCUCGCUUUUCUAGCCGAGACACACACCCACCCAGGCCGCAGAUAUCUGCAGCCCUGUUGUCGCUGUCCGCGCCUGGCAAACUGACUUUUGCAACCAACCUAUCUACCAACCAAGCCACACCCUUCGAGGGGCCAGCUAAUCAACGCAAUCCCCCUUCCAUCACCAUUCUCUUCCUCUCCUCUUCUCUCCUCCUCGCAUCCUCGCUACCAAAAAAAACACCUCCCCAUCAUGCUUCAAUCACAGACUAAAUUGGUGCGACAGAAUCGCGAGAGAUCUCGGUCUCGAUCCCGCUCCCCUCGUCGCAGUCGUCGACGUUCAUACUCCCCCAGAAGGUCCCGCUCCCGCGACAACCGUAGAUCUCGUUCUCCAAUGUCGGGCGCAGGUGCAGGUGCGGGUUCGGGUGGUUCAGCUUACGGAGGUGCUCCAAAUAGGUCGUUUGAAGAGCGUACCGCUGCGCGAGAGCAGAUGAUGAGCAGCCUUCGGGAAUCUUCGCAACAAGACCGUCGUGUCUACGUCGGUAACCUUUCAUACGAUGUGAAAUGGCAUCAUCUCAAAGAUUUCAUGAGAUCUGGUUAGUUUUGAGGAUGGCUUCGGCAAGGAGAUAUAGGGGCUAACGGGGGUUAUUUUGCAGCUGGAGAGGUCUUAUUUGCAGACGUGUUGUUACUUCCGAAUGGAAUGUCGAAGGUGGGCGCCUACACGUAGCUGGCUUUUUUGAGUCUUUUUCUUUUUUGGUCAUUGAUGGAAUGUUGGAUUGACGGAUUGGGACGAUGUUCCGCGGGAUAUGUAGGGAUGCGGGUAAGUUUGAUGCCUUCUGUCGAAUUUGGGGAUCAAUUGCUAACUCGACUUCAGCAUUGUAGAAUAUGCCACGAGGGAACAGGCCCAACAAGCCGUAAACACGCUAAGCAACCAAAACCUCAUGGGAAGACUCGUCUAUGUUCGCGAAGUACGUAUAGCACCCAGGUCUGGCGCAGAAGGCGCGCUAAUCUUGCCAUUAGGACCGUGAGGCCGAACCUCGAUUUACUGGCCCACCAGCCGGUGGCCGCGGCGGAUACGAAGGUGCUCCAGGCGGACGCGGUGGAUUUGGAGGUGGAUUCGGAGGCGGCAUGGCUGCAGGCGGUGGUGGUGGCGGCCGUCAAAUCUACGUCUCCAACGUUUGUUAUAUCCUUCCCCAUGACAUGACGGUUUGCGGUGAUACUAAUUUCAACUGAAAAUAGCUACCUUACACUGUAGGAUGGCAAGAUCUCAAAGACUUGUUCCGUCAAGCUAGUAAGUUCCGUCUUUGCUGCUAACUUAUAUACAGUCGAGCAUGCCAUUAACACUUUUCUUCCUCUAGCUCGCAAUGGUGCUGUCAUUCGUGCAGAUGUUCACAUUGGUCCUGAUGGUCGUCCCAAGGGAUCUGGCAUCGUCGUUUUCGAAUCUCCAGAUGAUGCUCGCAAUGCCAUUCAACAAUUCAAUGGCUAUGACUGGCAAGGACGCCCUCUAGAAGUUCGAGAGGAUCGAUUCGCUGGUUCUGGUGGUCCAGGCUCAGGAUUUGGUGGCCGUGGUGGCUUCGGCGGUGGUCGCGGUGGCUUUGGUGGAGGAUUCGGAGCCCGAGGUGGAUUUGGUGCUCGUGGUGGAUUUGGAGGUGGAUUUGGAGGUGGUCGAGGUGGCUUCGGAGGUGGUGCUGGUGGUUAUGGAGGAGGUGGAUACGAUGCCGGCGCUGGAGCACCUUCUGCACCACCAAACCCAUUUACCGACUUCGCAACCGCUGGCACUGAAAGAAGUGAGAUUAUUUACGUCCGCAACGUGAGUUUUUGCGCUUCUGGUCGGUACUCGAGAAUCAAAAUACUAAUGUUUGCAUUUAGCUUCCUUGGUCUACAAGCAAUGAGGAUUUGGUUGAGCUCUUUACUACCAUUGGCAAGGUUGAACAAGCCGAGAUCCAGUACGAGCCAAAUGGCCGAUCCCGCGGAACUGGUGUCGUUCGCUUCGAUACUCCUGAGAACGCAGAAACCGCCGUUGAAAAAUUCUCUGGUUACCAAUACGGAGGUCGCCCACUCGGAUUGACUUUUGUCAAGUACCAAACUCCCGGUGGAGGUGAUGCCAUGGAAACUGAGGCAACCAAUUUGACGCAGGAUCAGAUCAUGUAAAUAUGCCACUUCACGACAUAUUUGCUAUCUCUUCUGGGUCACUUGGCCUUUACGACACAUUUCCAUCACCUGCAAUUCAGCUAUCCUGUAACAACUUCUCUCCGAGACUCAGAUGUGGGAAAGAGGUCUGAUAGCAACCACUCACCCGCACCGCUUCGCGUUUCUUUCGUAAUAUUACUUCCUUGUCUCUGUCAAUUUGAGGGUGAACUUUAGGUCUGUGCAAUGGUGGAUAAAUUUUCUCCAAUCCUCCAAAAAGUUUUCUCUCUACCAGAAGCACUCUCUUCUAGAGCAGGUAGUAGCACAAUAUGAUGAUUCCUAUCCUGCUCGUUUUUCUAUUAACAAUUGUGAAUCCUGAUAACUCCUCCUAUCACAAAGCAGCUAUAGCUGUCAUUCUUUUUGUCCGAGUUAUUCACUGCACAAAGAAUUAUUUAUAGUACCUUGCUGACUUGAUGAAUGUUCUUCGCGAGUGAAUUACAAAUCAAGCUACA